GUGACUCACAAUAACCAUUUAAAAAGAGCUUCCUCAUUAACUUUAGCCGCUUGCCCUCAUGUUCUCCCAGCAGGCCUUUGCAAUUGAUACACCACACAGCCUUAUAUUUUGGCCAUGCUGUUCCCCUGUCUUGCCCUCCUGCUCCUGUCCUCUUCAGGUUUUAUGGCACCGGCGUUUAAGUCCGAAAUGACGACCACUCCAUCCUCCGAACCACUGCAGGCUGACGUGGAGCUGGCCACAAAAUACCUCAAACACUUCUACGAUCUGAAAGACGAGCCGACGGGACGAGGGAAGAGGAGCGACUCUACCUUCUCCUCUUCAGUAAAAGACAUGCAGAUUUUCUUUGGACUGAAUGUAACAGGUUCAUUGGACUCACAAACUCUAGAUGUGAUGAAGACUCCCCGCUGUGGGGUCCCAGAUGUCCACGACUACAGCCUCACCCAGAGCACACGCUGGAACAAGAACCAAAUCACAUACAACAUUGGGCGUUACACGAGUCGUCUUCCUCGCAGCACAGUCGACUCUCUCAUCGAGUCUGCCUUCAACGCCUGGUCUGCAGUCAGCGGAUUGAAGUUCGUCCGUGCACACAGGAACAACGCUGACAUCAUGAUGGAGUUUGUAACAUAUGCACAUGGUGAUCUGUACCCGUUCGACGGACAGCGCGGGACUUUGGCUCACGCCUUUGGCCCUGGUCCUGGAAUCGGAGGAGACACCCACUUUGACGACAAUGAGCAGUGGACAGCAGGGCCGAAGGGUUUUAAUCUACAGGUGGUGGCGGCUCAUGAGAUUGGCCACGCUUUAGGUCUGAGGCACUCUCGAAACCCGGACUCCCUCAUGUACCCAAACUACAGGGCGUCCCGACCAGGCAACCUACUGUCUCUGGAGGAUAUAGCCAAUAUCAAUGCACUUUACAGGCCGGUCCAGUUGCCCAUAUACUUGAACCCCUGGCUGUUCCCUCGUCUCAUGCAGGACAGGUGCGCUCCGGACAUGAGCUUUGAUGCAGUGUCCACUGUUGGAGACGCUACCUUCUUCUUCAGAGGACAAUAUCUAUGGAUCAAACACAAUGCUCAGCCAGACAUUAAAGAGGGGCCCAUCUCAAACUUCAUGCCAAAGAUCGAAACCAGCAUUGACGCCGCUUAUAGGAUUCCUCGCAAAAACACAGCCUUCCUUUUCCACGAGAGCAUGUUCUGGACGGUGAAGGGCUCCACUGUGCGGGGGAAGCCCAGGCCCCUCAGCCACUUUGGGUUUCCUGUUUGGGUGCAGGAGCUGGAUGCAGCUGUGCACAUAGUGAAAACUGGACGCACUCUCUUCUUUGUGCAUGACAUUUACUGGAGUUACAAUGAGAACAAGCGAGUGAUGGAGUAUGGUUAUCCCAAAUAUAUCUACGAGGACUUCCCAGGGUUGAACACAACAGAAACAAUAAACGCAGCAUUGCACAAAGAGGGCUUCAUGUACUUCUUCAUUGGAGCACAAGUCCAUCAAUACGACUUCACUCAGAAGCGCACAGUUGGAGUUGAAAAAGCAAAUUCUUGGCUCGGCUGCUGAAAUGUAAUUCUGUGAACAUGCCACAAAGAAUUGACUUGAUCCCCCUGAAUAAAUUACCCACACAAUUA